AUGAAAAAAAUCAGCGAUGAGUUUAAUGGUGUGGGCGUUUGUGUAAUUAAACAAUUUGCCUUAAUAAAACUUUUGCUAGCAACGAAGCAGAAUAAUUACACAAAUAAAUGUGGACGAAGUUCGUCCCUUAAUCGCCUUUAUAAACCUUUCACUUCCCAAGAUUUUUAUCAACCUUUCACUACACUGCACUGCAGUGUAAUUAAUACUCAUGAAAUUAAUUCAAGUUUUCUUAAACAAACUUCAUCAAACGAGUUACUCAAAUUCUCUUGUGCAGGUUGUUUGAUUUUUAAUUCUGUUGAUCUUUUCGAUUUCCAUACGUUGCAUCAUUUCAAAGCUGAAGGUUGCAUUCGUAAUGAAGUUAAAAAGGCAAUCUCCGAAGGUUUAAGAAAUCCUGAAGGCGAAAAGCGAAAGUUGACGAUCGAUACUGUUUGUUAA